AUGUCACGCUCGAAAGUAAAAUUCGGCAAGGAACAAUAUGAUGUGAUGAAAAAAUUCGAAACUAUACAUCAUCCAGAUAUCUGGGAAUGGAUUAUGAACAAGGUUGGCCGAAGUGAGAACCUAGAAAUACUGGAUGUGUCCGAUGAAGCAUGCGUUUUCGCCAUAUCCCUUGCUGAAAAGCAUUCCAAUAAUAAACUGCUGAUCGCUGCACGAGGAGAUAAGCCAGAGUUCGAUCUUCCUUCCAAUACCGUUUACAAGAAGGUUGAUUUCAAGAAGAAUUACGAUGAUAUCAAAGAUAUUGGCCUAUUCGAUGUUAUCAUUUUGAAUGAAGUAACUCACGAAAUUAGCGACUUGGCAGUUUUCCUCAAUACUCUCAAGGUUUUGCUUAAAGACAAUGCUCCCAUUGUGAUACUGUCCAGGCCGAAAAAUCCACCAAUCCCUAUUCCCGAUUGCUGUCUACUUAUGUGGAGAAAGCUAGCCCCCACGAGGGAGGAAAUCACAGCAGCUGCCAAAGCGGCGGAAAUGAGCUACACCUGCUUCUCUGCAUCAGUGCCUGUUUCAGUCGACCGGUUCGAUUGGGAAAAGAUGUUGUAUUCAGGGUGUUUCCCUGCCGUCAAGAACACCGUCAAAUGCACCGAAAAAGAAAUAAGGGAUUAUUGCAAUAAUUUGUCAAAGACGCUCAAAUUCGAAGAGAAAUUGAAUAUUUUCCUAUUGAGAAAGGAAGCCUGA